AACAUCAGCUCCUUCCCGGGACUGCGGCUGCAAUACUCCAAAACCGGAACAUCAGCUCCUCCCCCAGGUAUGCGGCUGCAAGACGCCCAAACCGGAACAUCAGCUCCCCGACGGGUCUCCAGCUGAACGGCCCUCAAACAGGAACAUCGGCUUACCACCAGAUCGCCGGCUGCAUGGCCCUCAAACUGGAACAUCAGCUCCCCACCAGAUCUCCAGCUGCACAGCUGUCAAACAGGAACAUCAGCUCCCCACCGGGUAUCCAGCUGCACGGCCCUCAAACUGGAACAUCAACUCCCCGCUGAGUCUCCAGGUGCACGGUCCUCAAACUGGAAUAUCAGCUCAAUGCCAGGUCUCCAGCUGCACAGCCCUCAAAUUGGAACAUCAGCUCCCUGCCGGGUCUCCAGCUGCACGGCCCUCAAACUGCAACAUCAGCUCCACCGCGGGACUCCAGCUGCACAGCCCUACAACUGGAACAUCAGCUCCCCCCGGGUCACCAGUCAUCCUGCACGGCCCUCAAACUGGAACAUCAGCUCCCCGGCCCUCAAACUGCAACUGGAAUAUCAGCUCAACACCAGGUCCUCCCCAGGUCGGGAGCUGCAAGACCCUCAAACCAGAACAUCAGCUCCUCGCCGGGUCUCCGGCUGCACGACCAUCAAACCGGAACAUCAGCUCCUCCCUGGGUCUGCGGCUGCACGACCCUCAAACCAGAACAUCAGCUACUCGCCGGGUCUGCGGCUGCACCACCCUCAAACCAGAACAUCAGCUCCUCCCCUGGUCCGCUGCUGCAAGACCCCCAAACCAGAACAUCAGCUCCUUCCGGGGUAUGCGGCUGCAGGACCCUCAAACCGGAACAUCAGCCCCUCCCCGGGUCAUAGGCUGCACGACACUCAAACCGAACGUCAGCUCCUUCCUGGGUCUGCAGCUGCACGACUCUCAAACUGUAACAUCAGCUCCUCCCCAGGUCUGUGGCUGCACGACCCUCAAAUUGGAACAUCAGUGCCUCCCCGGGUCUGCAGCUGCAAGACCCUCAAACCGGAACAUCAACUCCUCCCUGGGUCCACGGCUGCAAACCCUCAAACCGCUCCUCACUUCCCAGACGGGGCGGCCCGGCAGAGGCGCUCCUCACUUCCCAGACGGGGCGGCCGGACAGAGGCGCUCCUCACUUCCCAGAGGAUGGGUGGCCAGGCAGAGGCGCUCCUCACUUCCCAGAUGGGGCGGCCAGGCAGAGGCGCUCCUCACUUCCCAGACGAUGGGUUGCCAGGCAGAGGCGCUCCUCACUUCCCAGACGAUGGAACAUCAGCUCCUCCCAGGGUCCAAGGCUACAAGACGCCCAAACCGGAACAUGAGCUCCUGCCCGUGUCCGCGGCUACCCUCAAACCUGAACAUCAGCUCUUCCCUGGUCUCGGGCUGCAAGGCGCCCAAAGCGGAACAUCAGCUCCUCCCCGGGUCCGCAGCUGCAAGACCCCCAAACAGGAACAUCACCUCGUCCCCGGGUCCGCGGCUGCAAAACCCUCAAACCGGAACAUCAGCUCCUUCCUGAGUCGCGGCUGCAAGACCCUCAAACCGCGCCUCCCCGGGUCUGCCGCUGCACAACCCUCAGACUGGAACAUCAGCUCCUCCCCUGGUAUGCGGCUGAACGACCCUGAAACUGGAACAUCAGCUCUUCCCCAGGUCUGCAGCUACACGACCCUGAAACUGGAACAUCAGCUCUUCCCCGGGUCUGCAGCUGUACGACCCUCAAAAUGGAACAUCGGUUCCACCCUGGGAUUUCAGCUGCAUGAACCUCAAACUGGAACACUGGCGCCUCUCAGGGUCUGUGGCUGCAAGAUCCUCAAACUACAACAUCGGCUCCUCCCCGGGUCCGCGGCUGCAAGACCCCCAAACGGGAACAUCAGCUCUUCCCCGGGUCUGCGGCUGCACCACCCUCAAACCGGAACAUCAACAUCUCCCCGGGUCCGCGACUGCAAGACCCCCACGCCGGAAUAUCAGUUCUUACCCGGGUCCGCGGCUACAAGACCCCCAAACCGGAACAUCAGCUCCUCCCCGGGUCUGCAGAUGCACGACCCUCAAAGGGAACAUCAGCUCCUCACCGGCUCUGUAGCUACACGACCCUCAAACUGGAACAUCGGCUCCUCCCCUGGUCGGCUGCUGCAAAACCCCAAAACCGGAAAACCAGCUCCUCCCCGGGUCUGUGGCUGCAGGACCCUCAAAUUGGAAAACCAGUGCCUCCCCGGGUCUGCGGCUACCCUGAAACCGGAACAUCAGCUCCUGCCUGGGUCUGCGGCCGCAAGACCCUCAAACCGGAACCUCAGUUCCUCCACAGGUCUGCGGCUGCACGACCCUCAAAUUGGAACAUCAGCGCCUCCCUGGGUCUGCGCUGCAUGA